AUGUCUACAGCAAUCAAGAGCCUUGAAAACCAAGUUGGACAAAUUGUAGCCUCCUUGAGUCAAAGAGAGCUAGGAAAGCUUCCAAGCCAAGUAAUUCCAGAUCCUAAUGGAGGCCAUGCAGCAAAGGCGAUUACUCUUCGAAGUGGAAAAGAGGUGGAAAAGGAUGACAAUGAGGAGAGAAAUUCAACCAAAACUAUGGCUGCCCCCUCUCCUAAGCUUACGGUUCCAAGUGACAACUCUAAGUUAAGUUCUCUUGUGAAUCAUUCGAUUACUUCAAAGGUUCCUUUUCCUCGUAGGUUUUUGAAUUCAAUGAAGGAGCAAGUUUCAAAGGAUAUCCUAGAGACUUUUCGAAAAGUGCAAGUGAACAUUCCCUUGCUCGAUGCAAUCCAACAAAUUCCAAGCUAUGCAAAAUUCCUCAAAGAACUUUGUACAAAUAAGAGGAAGUUCAAGGAGCAUGAAACCAUGGCCUUAAGUGAAGAAGUCUCGGCCGUGCUCUUGCGUGAGCUUAAGAAGACUUCCGUGAGCAUACAAUUGGCUGAUCGAUCAAUCAAAUAUCCUAAGGGAGUGUUGGAAGACGUUUUGGUCAAGGUGAAUGAGCUAAUUUUUCCAACUGACUUUCUAGUGCUUGAGAUGGAGGAAGUUCCUAUUCCUGGAAAAGACCUUCCAUUGAUUCUAAGACGUCCAUUCAUGAGAACAGCAAGGACAAAAAUUGGUGAGUAUGAAGGCACUCUCACAAUGGCAAUCGAUGAGGAAACUAUGGAGUUUAAGGUAUUUGAUGCUUUAAAAUAUCCUAAUGAUGAUCAUGCUUGUUUUUCCAUAGAUGUACUUGAGCAGAUGGGCCCACAGGUUGAGCUAAAACCCCUUCCGGAGAAUUUGAAAUAUGCAUAUUUAGGUGACGAAAAGACACUGCCUGUGAUCAUUGCUUCUAAUUUGAGUGCAUCUGAAAAAGACAAAUUAAUUCAAGUUUAA